GCUAUACCAUAUGCUUCAUUUCUUCCCAUGCCGACCACCGUUGUCUCAACAUUCAUGAUGGCUAAAUUCGCCAGUUUAGCCCUCUUUCUGCUGCACUCUUGUGUAUGUGCAUCAUCAAGAGAUCACACGCUGAGUACCGGGUCAUCCCUGUCGGUGGAAGAUAACGCGAGGUCUUUCCUGGUGUCGCCGGACGCUACCUUCUCGUGCGGCUUUCUCCAAGCCGGCGACAACGCCUUCUACUUCUCCAUUUGGUUCACCGCCAGCAAAAACAGAACCGCCGUCUGGACGGCCAACCCCGGCGCCCCUGUGAACGGACGGCUCUCCAGGAUCUCGUUCAGCGGCGACGGCAAGCUGGUCCUCGCCGACGCCAACGGGACCAUUGUCUGGGACACCAAGACGGGAGGCAACAAGCAGCACCUCACCGUCUCCCUCAACGACACCGGCAACCUCGCCAUCACGGACCCUUCGACCGGCCGCGCCCUGUGGCAGAGCUUCGAUUGGCCGACGGACACCCUGCUCCCGUCGCAGGUGCUGUCCAAGGAUACGAUUCUGACGGCCGCCUACUUCACCCUCCGCUAUGACAGCGACAACGUGCUGCGGCUCCUGUACGACGGCCCGGAUACCGCGAGCGCCUACUGGCCGAGCCCGGGAAUAGACGUGUACACGAGCGGCCGGACAAACUACAACAGCUCACGAAUCGGCGUCCUCGACGACACCGGCGCCUUCUUCUCCAGCGACGGGCUGCACUUCCAGGCCUCCGACCUGGGCGCCCCCGGCAUCAAGAGACGGCUAACGAUCGAGCAGGACGGAAACUUGCGGCUCUAUAGCCUCCUGAAGGCGACCGGUGACUGGGCGGUCACGUGGGUGGCGCUGAACCAGCCGUGCUCCGUGCACGGGCUGUGCGGGAAGAACGCCGUCUGCGAGUACCAGCCGUACCUCCGAUGCUCGUGCAUGCCGGGGUACGAGAUGGCCGACCGCCGGGACUGGAGAAAGGGCUGCAAGCCGACGUUCGGUGUCCCCGCCGCCAACGGCAACAACUGCAGCCAAGGGGUGCCGGAGCAGUUCACGUUCCUCGAGGUGCCACACGCCGACUUCUACGGAUACGACCUCUGGUUCAACCAGUCCAUCACGUUCGAGGACUGCAUGAACCUGUGCCUCAAGCUGUGCGCCUGCACCGCCUUCUCCUAUAGGACGAAUGGCUUGGGCAACUGCUACCCGAAAGGCGACCUGUUUAAUGGAUACAGGACGUCGUCGUUCUACGGGAGCAUCUACCUCAAGCUGCCGAGCAAAGUCAACGCCUCGGCGUCGGCGCUGCCGUUGGUAUCCGUCGCCGGCGGCUCGGGCCUGGCCUGCGAGCGUAAUGGUUCUAGUCGUCGUACCAUCGUCCCGGGGUACGCGGACAUGUACGGGAGACCCGGCAGCGGCCCAAAGUGGACCUACUUUCUUUCCUUCGCCGCGGUGCUGGGAUUUCUCGAGCUUCUCUUCGUCGCCGCAGGGUGGUGGUUCCUGUCCAGCCAUCAGAGCAUACCCAGCUCGAUGGAGGCAGGGUACAGGCUGGUGAUGGCGACCCAGUUCAGAAGGUUCUCGUACCGGGAGCUCAAGAACGCGACAGGGAAUUUCAAGGAGGAGCUUGGCCGUGGCGGGUCCGGCGUGGUGUACCGCGGUGUGCUGGACAAAGGCACCGUGGUGGCGGUGAAGAAGCUGACGGACGUGCAGGUGCAGGGCGAGGAGGAGUUCUGGGCGGAAGUGACGGUGUUCGGGAGGAUCAACCACAUCAACCUGGUGAGGAUCUGGGGGUUCUGCUCCGAGGGCAAGCACAGGAUGCUGGUGUACGAGUACGUCGAGAACGAGUCGCUGGACCGGCACCUCUUCGGCAACGACAUCGGCAGGUCGCUGGCGUGGACCGACCGGUUCAGGAUCGCGCUGGGCGCGGCCAGGGGCCUGGCCUACCUUCACCACGAAUGCCUCGAGUGGGUCAUCCACUGCGACGUCAAGCCGGAGAACAUCCUCCUCACGCGGGAGCUCGACGCCAAGAUCGCCGACUUCGGGCUGGCCAAGCUGUCCGGGAGGGACGCCGCGGGAGACGGCGUGCAGUUAUCACACAUGAGGGGCACGGAGGGAUACAUGGCGCCGGAGUGGGCGCUCGGCCAGCCCGUGGACGCCAAGGUCGACGUCUACAGCUACGGCAUCGUACUUCUAGAGAUCGUCAUUGGGACACGGAUCUCCGACCAGACGACGGCGGACGGCGAAGAGCGGCUGGAGAUGUGGCAGAUCGCACAGGCGCUGAAGCAGGUGGUAGCCACUGGAGACGUUGGGUCGGUAGUGGAUAGUAGGCUGAGUGGGCAGUUCAACCCUCGGCAGGCCAUGGAAAUGGUGAAGAUCUCCUUGUCGUGCAUGGAGGAGAGCAGCAGCAGACCGACCAUGGAUGACAUCUCCAAAGCUCUUACAGCGUGCGAUGACGAAGAUGAGCACCCAGCGUACCUCUCAUGACAAACUUCGACCUAUGGUGUGAUAACUUGGGAGCUACAUGCUUUAGUAAAUCAUAUCUUUUAUGCAAGAGCCAACACAUUAAGAUUUACUUUGUCAAAGAACGAGUGUUGAAUAAAUAAUUGAAGAUUCAGUUCAGUCGUCCAAAGAAACAAUUGAA